AUGCUCGGAAUCCUCCAAGACGAUGGCGCUCAAGCUCAACAGAGCUCUGUUUCUGUGGCGUCCACCACGUCUUUGCUUUCGCAGAUUGAAACUCACGAAGAUGAUGUUUGGAUGAUCUUUAAGACGGAACUUCUGGCUGAGGACGUCUCAAUGGCUCACAUCAUGUCUAAUAAAGAGGAAAUUAUCGAGCACAUCAAAUCAUUAGUUGCCGGUGGAUUGCCAAACGGCGGAUAUGAGGUAACUCCAGGUCAAAUCUACGGGAGUAUUGCAAACUCGUCGGCAUCAUCAGCUUCGGAGCCCCUCGCGCCUAACCGCGGGCACAUUCGAAGUCCUGAUAACCGUGGAAAGACCUUUGGCUCGCAAUCGUCGCCGUCCGGAUCCGCGGAUGUUCAACUCGUAUUAGGGACGUCUGAAAACGCUCAGCUCACGGCUACGUCGAUUGCCUCAAGCUUGGACAACAUACAGCUGGCUUGGUCCCGGAUAACGAAAUGGUCUCAGGCAUACGAAUCGGAUGGUGGUGUGGAUGACGACGGUUUCGUUGAGCGAUUGCGACAAUUGCUCGAAGCUCUAGAGAUGAUCAUUAAAACUCUUGGAAAUACCCUGGAAGAUUUUUAA